AUGACGCUCGACCCGACGGCGAGUAGGGGCUCAACGAGUGAACAGAACACUGCCGGGCAGUUUUUCUCCGCUGCUUCAUCUCGACGCGUCCGACUUGGUGUUCGCCAAUCGUUCCUGUUGCACAAGCAUAAACUCUUCGUCGGGGUGACGCACCAACUGCCUAGCUGCCGCGAACGUCUCCGUCACGCUUCGAAUCCGCGACAUGAUUGGCCUGCGGCAUUCACAAGUUCGAGCCUCAACUGGGGCGAGCACUUGCGUCAACGCACUUUAACGCUCUACCUGACAAGUCGGCCGUCCAAGAAGCAGUAUCCAGUAUCCUCACAGUUUGGGUAUCCAUGUUUUCGCGGCCGUUAA